AUGAACGGUGGAUUUGGAUACAGCAACCCCUCGGGGUUAAUUAAAAACUUCAAUUGCUUGAAAGCAGUCACCUAUUGGGCUGGAUUUAUUGGUUUGUUUCAAUCCCUGCUCUUUAUUGCUUUGACAAUUGUCGGCAUUGUCUCGUAUAAUUGUGUCAUCAAUAUCAAUGGCACCUUCAAUUAUGCCUCCGUUAUACCGACAAUAUUUAUGGCACUCUAUUUCAAAUCGGAUAGCUGUAGUCCCGAUGCAUUUCCAGCCUAUCAGAAUGAAUUCAUCCAAACGAAAACUAUUUUGAAUCCAACUGAUAUUCUAAUAUGGGAUAGUGUUUAUUUGGGCGUGGCCGUGUGUUGGUUAAUCGCCUCGACAUUGAUAUUAUUGUAUGUCACCAAGGACAAUCGCAAAAAUACAGCUGGUGUUCUCAUGACCUGGGUCAUCAUCACCAUGAUCGUUUCUGGUAUGGAUUUGGCUUUGGGCAUCAUUUUUGGCAUUGAUUAUGGACGUUUCCAAAAGGAAGCUGAAGAAUAUAAUUUAAGUUCCGCUUAUGCCGGAGAACUACAACCACAAGCUGCACAAGUUCUAGCUGCCAUGGUUGCAUCGAUGUCGAUGAUGUUGCUCUCCUUCAAAGGUUUCGUUUUUUGGAUUGUGAACGUGGGUCUUGCUGUUUAUUUGCUGAUGCGAAGCAUUUGGAUUAUUAAUGAUAACGAUGGUGCGGACAAUCUCUUCAUGCCUCGCAAGGAUUCGGAUGAUAUUCUAGCUACCCGUCCACCCAUUAAUGCCUAUCAAGAAGAACAAAAGACCGAAGUAAUGGCCACUGUCUUUGCCAAUGAAGCCUUUGUACCCGAUAAUGCCUCACCAUCGGAAAAUAAUUUCAACAUCAAUCAGGAUUUAAUUAGCCGUGCUGCACGCCUUUCCAAGGAUGUUUCAUUCCAAGAAAGACGUUUCCGCAACUUGGACAACUUCCAACAGUAUCCACCACGUUCGAGGCCGGAAUCCACUAUCCCUGAGCAGGGUGAAGCACAAAUUGUGGUGGGUGCAUUCCCAGCACCCGAUUAUACACCACCAAUGCAGAGAGCAGCACAGAAUCGUGGCAAUUUGUAUCAGUAA